UUGAGAAAAUCCAGAAGGGAAAAAAAAGAAGAGGUUGUGAACUAUAUAUACGGCUGUGGCUCCAUUUGAUUCUGGUUUUUCCCAUCUAUCUGAGGAGCCUUUUCCAUGGAUUGUUUUCUGGUUGGGCAUCCCUUUUUUCCUCAUGUAGUCAUCAGCUCAAGUUGCCACCGCUCCUUUGUGGCUUUACGUGGUCUUGGGCUGGACAGGAAGGGGUGGUUGAGUUUCACUUGUCGGGCAGCAGCCAGAGAUGGAUUUGAAGGUGGGAAUUUGUUCAGUGGAGGUUCCUUCCAGGGAAGUGAAAAUGGGUCUAUUUUCAACGGCUUUGAUGAGUCAGGUGCUGCAUCUUUUGGGACGCUAAGUGCGGAAAUAACCCCUGAAACAGUUGAUUUCUUUGUUAGUGAGGCCGAGGGCGAUCCUGAUUGUCCUUCAGAGGGUUUCUCAUCGAUUGAUCAGGCAAUUGAUGCAUUACGCCAAGGAAAGUUUGUGAUUGCUGUAGAUGAUGAAAAUGGUGAUGAAGAAGGAGAUCUUAUCAUGGCAGCAUCUCUUGCAAGUUCUCAGGCUCUGGCUUUUAUGAUUAGGCAUGGCUCUGGAAUUGUAUCUGUUGGGAUGAAGGAAGAGGAUCUGGAGAGGCUGAGCCUUCCUUUGAUGUCAACUGGCAGUGAGAAUGAGGAUCCAUCCGCCGCAGCUUACACAGUGACAGUGGAUUUGAAAACCGGGGCAUCUACUGGAGUGUCGGCCUCGUAUAGGGCGAAGACUAUUCUUGCUCUUUCGUCUCCAGAUUCUAAGCCGCAAGAUUUCAGAAGACCAGGCCAUGUAUUUCCACUCAAGUAUAGAAAUGGUGGUGUUCUAAGGAGAGCUGGUCACACCGAAGCUUCAGUGGAUUUAGUUUCACUUGCUGGCUUGCGGCCUAUAUCUGUUCUUUCUGCAAUUCUUGAUGCUGAGGAUGGCUCUAUGGCCAGAUUACCUGCUUUAAGAAAGAUAGCCAAGGAGAACAGCAUACCAAUCAUCUCAAUCACGGAUCUCAUCCGGUAUAGGAGGAAGAGAGAGAGACUAGUUGAAAGAACUGCUGUUUCUGGUUUGCCUACUAAAUGGGGAAAAUUUCAAGCUUACUGUUACCUAUCAAAGUUAGACGGAACAGAGCAUGUGGCCAUCGUGAAGGGCGAUAUCAGGCAUGGGCAAGAUGUGCUAGUAAGAGUGCAUUCGGAAUGUCUGACUGGGGAUAUAUUUGGAUCUGCUCGGUGUGACUGUGGCAAUCAGUUAGCAUUGGCGAUGCAGCUGAUUGAAGAGGCUGGUAGAGGUGUUCUUGUUUACCUACGUGGCCAUGAAGGAAGAGGGAUCGGCUUGGGCCACAAACUCCGUGCUUACAAUUUGCAGGAUCUUGGGCAUGACACUGUCGAGGCUAAUCUGAAACUUGGAUUAGCCGUGGAUGCUCGCGAGUAUGGGAUUGGUGCUCAGAUUUUACGGGACAUUGGCGUUCGAACAAUGCGCCUAAUGACGAAUAAUCCAGCCAAGUUCAUUGGUUUGAAGGGCUAUGGUUUGGCCGUUGUUGGCCGGGUUCCUGUCCUAUCGCCCAUCACGGAGGAGAAUUGGAGAUACUUAGAGACUAAACGUACCAAGAUGGGCCACGUGUACGGCUCGGAUUUGCCUGGAUCCAUCGCCGGGUUCGGUAAACCGAUUGUAAAUAAUACAGACCAAGCAAAGGAAGGACAGACAGAUUGAAGUUUGUACAUCAGUGAGGCAACUUAUAUUCUUUAUCACAUAAUUCAAAUUUCAAAUUCA